AUGCAACUCACCAAGAUCACUCUACUGCUCGGCCUCACUGCCAUGACCAGCAUCCCCUGUGUAUCUGCCGACUUCGAGAAGAGGUUUGCCGUCGGUUCUUUCAAAAAGCUCAACUGUGACGAGUACAGCGGAGCGUGGUUGUCCUACCAGUCUGACCCCAAGCUUUCCUGGAACGACAACAAAGACCACUACACUGUCUGCGAAAAGGACUCCACCCAGACGUUCGAGGACAAGGACUACACGUAUGACAUGUCGUGGUCCGGUGGUGACGGAACUGUGAUCGGCAACUGCUGGGCCGAACACUGGGAAACGGGCAUGUGCAUAGUCGCUGGCUUCUCUACGGACACCUGCUGGGGCGACUUCAUGUGUCAAUUCUGGUAA